GCUCUGAUUGGCUCACAGGUUUCACCACGCCCGAUGAUAAAUCUUAUUCUAGGGUUUUUUUCUGUGGAUCAGUCUGUGGUGCUCUAACGGGACACAGUUGGAUUACUUUUAAAUUUCUACUUCUCUGAUCCAGAACUCCUAAAAAGUUAACAUCUCUAUUUUUUAAGCAGAAAUCUGUCUUGGAACUUUAUUUUUCCUGUAUUUUUUGACGCCAAAAAGAAGAAAAUAACUGCAUUUUGACUCAUAAUUCAUCUUCUGGAGCAACAAACACAACUUUGAAUUCCUAAAGCUGCACAGAGUCAAAAGAAGAAGUAUUUAGGGACAGUAUCCUCCUGAGAAACGCAUCGUGAAGAACCUUUCUCUCCUUGGAGGUCUACGCGUAAAGACGCACGGCGGCUCCAUGGCACACAUGUGCAGACAGGUCACCGGCAGCGCGGCGAGCACCGCGGGCUGGGUCGGGCUCAUCGUCGCCACAGCAACCAACGACUGGGUCCGAACCUGCGACUACACGGUGGCCACCUGCGUCCGCAUGGAGGAGCUGGGCUCGCGGGGACUGUGGGCAGAGUGCGUGAUCUCCCCUGCGCUCUAUCACUGCGUGGCCCUGAACCAGAUGCUCACCCUGCCCGCCUACGUCCAGACGUCUCGCGCUCUGAUGAUCUGCGCAUGUCUGCUGGGGUUACCUGCGAUGCUGCUCGUGCUCAUGUCCAUGCCCUGCGUCAGGCUGCAGAAUGACACCUCUGCGAUCAAACAGCGCCGCGCGAGAGUGGGAGGAGUCCUGUUCAUUAUCAUGGCUGUAUUCGGGAUCAUAUCCACCAUCUGGUUCCCGAUCGGCUCUCACCAGGAAGACGGCCUCAUGUCGUUCGGCUUCUCGCUGUACGCCGGCUGGGUUGGCUCCGCCCUCUGUCUCCUCGGCGGCGCUGUGAUCUUGUGCUGCCACAGCACCGACCCCGGGACCCCGAACAGAGAGAACAGCUUCUACUACUCCAGACAGCGGGGCACGGCCGCGCCGCUGGACCCCCCUGCCAAUCACGCCAAGAGUGCGCGAGUGUGAAGAUCUGGUCCUCUGUCUCUGGUUUCAUAGACUGCAGAUCUUCAGUCUGGAAUUUCUUUUUCUACUUUAAGCUGAGAUUGACUGAGUGCAGAAUUAUAUUCUUGAUGGUUUUGCAGUCAAUCAUUUUGAGGAAAAGAAGUUAAGAUCAAGUUUGUUUUCUUGAGAUAACAAGAAGAAAACAGAGAAAUAAAAUGUAUUGAAACAUGUCCUCUUAGGGCUUCCAUAGAACAGGAAGUGUGAUAGGAUGAGGUUUUGUUUGACCUCACGUGACCUCGGUUUAAAACAACAGAAGAUGUUAUUUUGUUACCAUCGUCCUGAACAUUGUUUUUUAACCCCCAUAUGAAGUUUUCCUCCUAACACUUAAAGUUUUGUUUGUUUGCUUCGUUCUGAUUUGUCCUUUUUGUUUUCUGGAUGUUUAUUAUUCUUUAUACUGCAUGAAAACGCUCUUCUUUACCUCCUCUGCUUUGUUCUUAUUUACUGUCUAAUCAUAUUUCACCUUGUUUAUCAGAGGAGUGCCUUCAUUUUUAAAUAAAUCCCAGGAUAAAGUUUU